AUGGUGGCCAUGACGCUGAUAUUUGGUGACACGGUGACUCUGCCGCUGGCACUUGCCUGGGACGUGCAGAUGGGCGGACCGGACGCUUUCAGCCAGCUCUUGCAAGUAAGCUUCUGGGUGAGCCUCACCUUCUGGAGCUCCGACUUGCUGAUGAACCUGAACACCGCCACCUAUCGGAGGGGCGUUCUGGUGACUUCGCGCCUGGGCAUCCUCGUGAGCUAUGCCAGGGGCUGGCUGCUCUUUGAUGUUUGCCUCUUAACCUUCGACGCCUUCUACGUGGGCUCGAGCGCCAGCGUUUCCAGUGAACUCCGGCUCCUACGAGUCACCCGGAUCCUGAGACUGCUGCGGCUCCUGCGCAUGUUGAAGCUCACAAAGGUGAACUCCAUCAUAGAGGAGACUGCCGCCAACAGCGGCCGGCAGUGGGUCACAGUGGUGAUCGCCAUUACGAACACCUCCAUCGCGAUGAUCUUUUGUGCUCACGUGCUGACCUGCAUGUGGUACUGGGUCGGGCGCACUUUGACAGACGACGUCACCUCGCCGGUGGUCAGCUGGAUCGAGCUUGCCGAGGCACAAAGCGUGGCGGGCUGGGUCCAGUACUUGCACGCCAUGCGCUGGAUCAUCAACUCACCGUCCCCACCAUUGAUCGAUGCAGCCAGCGGUGUUGAGCGCGGGUUGGACAUUCUGGUCUCGGUCUUCGUCAUCGCAGUGAUGGGCUCCGCCAUCUCCAAGAUCUCCGGUACCAUCGCCGAGCUCAGGGCCAUGAACGAGGCGCGGGACCGACGGCGGCGGGAGGUGCGGCAGUACCUCAGCUCGCAGCACGUGUCCUUCGAGCUGGUGAGCCGCAUCAUGCGCUUCGUGGACUAUCGCUGCUCGACCUGA